GUGGUAUUAUAUUAUUCCAUUAAUAGUACAUAAAAUAAAAAAAUAUAUUACAAUAUUGGCUGUUUAUAUACAAAAAUAAUAUGAACUUAAAACGUCUGUACACUAAGUACCUAGAUAAAUGCUAGGUAGGUUAAUGAUGAUAACAGUAUUGGCAAAAUAAUGUGGAAAACCUGUUAAUUCUGACAAUACCCUUUUACCUAUCAACAAUACUGCUCAGAUGAUUGAAAACACUCCAAACUUACUGUAGUUGGGAUUCUUAAAACUUACCUAAAUAACAGUUUAAAAGUCUUAUGAAAAUAUUGCUUCAACUAUGGCAAACAUUAUCGCAAUGAUAAUAUCACAUUUUGUGCUUUUUGGUAAGCUAUAUACAUUUCAAAUUAUGUAAUACAGAAAUUCAAAAAAAUAUCCAACUAAGUACUUAUAGAAAAACUAAGUAUGCUUUCAUUUACGAAAUCUAGUCAGAUGAUUUUUUUUGCAUGCUAUAUCUACACAUGAACACAUUAGUUAUCCACAUUUUAAAUGUUAAUACAAUUGGUUAAAGUGAUUGAUGAUAGGUGAAAAUUUUAGAUUACAGAAAACAAACAUGAACACUUUUUCAGAGAAUUACAUACCACCAAAAUUAGUCAUAAACACAUACAAAAGUCUGUAUUUGUUAUGUACCUUUGCAGCCAAAAAAGCGUUCAUGAGAAAUGUUGAGCCCCCACAACCACACGCACACACAAUAAAUCCAACUGACUAGGUAAUCGUAAAAAGGAAAAAGGACUACAGUACGUCUAACGCCUACAUAAACAAAAAAUCUAGGACAACAAAUUGUAAUGACCAAAAGUAAAAUUGUGACUUUCGUGUCAUAGGUGUGAGUAGCUGAAAUUAGUGCAUAGCUUUCCAUAAAAAAUGAUAAAAAUGUCAAUGUUUUUGGAUGACAGUGAUUCCUAAAAUCAUAUAAUUUCAAAACAUUUAAUGAAAAACUACCAUAGUAUUUGGUGCAUCUAUUUUAUAUUUUCAUUAUGUGCAUCAACUAUCACUGAUAUGAUAGUAAUGUAAAUAGGUGGAAGUGAUUCCUUAUAUUGUAAAUAGUAAAUGCACAUAUAUUGCUCCUCAUUCCCAGACAUUUUGAGUACCAUGCUAUUUGAAACCUAUUCAUCGAAUACAUAAAGUAAAUCCGAUUUGGUUAAAUUGGCUUGUUUAUUUUGAAGUAAAAUAAUGUAAUAGAAUGAAUGUAAUUCUAUAUUGUUAAAGAGGUAAUGAAAACUCCAAAUGUUGGCCUUGCAUUUCAUGUGAGGCUUCCGCAACAUUCUUGGAAAAAAACAUCAAGACUAGGCACUUUUAUCUCAUAACUACAUUUCACUUCAUUUCAUCGCGUAGACGUCUUGUUACGACUUCAUAAACGGUCCCUCCCUAAAGCAAUGGAAAAUGGAAUCUGACUUGGAAGCUCUUUGAAACAUUAAAGAGACUGGAGAUGCCAUAUCGCAACAACAAAGGAAGGAAGAGAAAAAUACUCCGGUACCUCCUGACCCGAAAUAAAGAGGCGACUGUGAAAAUAUAUGUAGAAGCACAGCUGUCGUCCCCGCUCAAUCAGAUGUAUCCUUAUAUGUUAAAAAACUUUUCAUGUAUUCGAUGGUUAGGUUUCAAUGGUUGCAUCAAACAACAAUCACUGGAAGAACUUAAUACUCCUAGGGAUGUUUGGAAAAGAAAACUAAUGGUACAGCCAAUAAUAUCUGUAGAAAAACUGAUCGGAUGCUCUAAAGGCUGUACAAUAUAG